AUGUCUCUCAGACGAAGAACAUCAUCAUUAUCAUCAUCGGUUUCUUCUCCUCCGGCGAACCUGCCAAGCCCACCGCCUCCUCCGGCGCAAUCAGCGCUCUCUCAGGCCCUACAGAGCUCGGCCCAUUUAGCCAAUCUCCUCCCCACCGGCACCCUCCUGGCCUUCCAGCUCCUGACCCCAAUUUUCACCAACAACGGGUCGUGCGACCCGGCCACCCGGCCCAUGACCCUCAUCCUUCUUGCCACCUUAGCCCUGUCUUGCUUCUUGGCCUCGUUCACGGACAGCGUUAAGGCGGCCGAUGGCCGAGUUUACUACGGCUUCGCCACGUUUAAGGGCCUCUGGUUGUUUGACUACGUGGGCGCUGCGAAUUCGGGCCUGGCCCGUGAUUUUGGCGGGUACAGAUUGGGCUUUGUCGAUUUUGUCCAUGCUGUUUUGUCGGUCCUAGUGUUCGGCGCGGUGGCAGUCAGGGACAAGAACGUGGUGGGGUGUUUUUACCCGAGGCCCGGGGUUGAGGCCCGGGAGGUUUUGGAUAUCGGCCCGAUUGGGAUUGGGCUCGUUGCUUCCUUGUUGUUUGUGGUGUUUCCUAGUAGGAGGCAUGGGAUUGGUUAUCCUGUCACGCAUGAUUAG